ACAAAUUAUAGAGACUAAAGAUAUUCAACAAUAGUAACAAAAAAAUCACAUUCAAAAAAAUCAAAUUCCAACAAAAUUGAAAACGUAUAAACCAAAUCCCAAAACUAUAUUGUUGGUUAAAGAUGGGAAAACUUCAAAGCCACCCUCUACCAACUGAGAAAAACCAUGAUAGAGAUGAAUUCAUUUUAAAACAUAUUAACAAACGUGAUUGGGUUCUUCUACUAUCAAUAUUAUAUUUGGGUUCUUUUAUUUUUAUUUUUUAAUUUAUAUGUUGUUUUCGCAGAGAGACAGGAGAACGUGAUUGGGUUCUUUUACUAAAAAUAUUAUAUUUGGGUUCUUUUAUUUUUAUUUUUUAAUUUAUAUGCUGUUUUCGUAGAGAGACAGGAGGCCAAUGAAAGGAGAAUUUCUUCUUCUCCUCACAAAAAUAUAGCCAUUUAUGAGACUGCAAAAGCUUUUUUUUCACUGAAAAAAAAGUCAACCACCUCUUUGCUUUGCUUUGCUUCUGAUUUGUUGGUUUUUUCUUUUCCUACUGUAAUCAGAAACAAUGCCUAUAGCAGAGAUCUUUCUCUCUGGCUUGGUCAAAUUGCUGUUUCAGAAGAUGACCUCUUUUGCCUCCUCCAAAUUACCAACCUUUGAAGGUAUUGGUGCCCAGCUGACCAAUUGGACCAAUAUGCUGUCUCAAAUUGAAGCUCUUCUAAUUGACGCCGAGGACAAGCAACUGACUGAUCAAGCCGUGAACCUGUGGCUUGACGAUCUCCAGGAUCUGGCAUAUGAUUUGGAUGAUUUAGUGGAUGAGUUCGCCACCGAAGCUUUGCGACACAAACUCAAGGCAAAGCCGUCCAAAGCUAGUUCGAGCAAGGUUCAUUGUCUGACAUGUUGCUCGUAUUCCUGGCCACCAGGUGCUCCAUAAAGUUGGUGCUGAAAGAGCAUGUGUAGCAGCAAUAACUUAAGAUACCCCUGGUGCAAACUAUAGAACAGUGUGUGCUUUGAGCAAGUAUUUCCCUAAUGUCAAGACAUUUGUCCGUGUUCAUGAUGUUGAUCAUGGCCUCAAUUUGGAAAAGGCGGGGGCAACAACGGUAUAUUUUUGUUGCUGUUUUCAUUAGUAAUUUCACUCUUCCUAAUUGCCUAUAUAGGUUAAUCUUACAAUUUUAUUUUAGGAUGUUUUAGGAGCUCAUUAUUCUUGUUUGACUUGUGUAUAAAUCUUUUAUCAAUACUAAUAUAUCUUGCAUUAUCUAUAUAAAGAUCAAUUUUUUG